CGAUACUGUUAGUCAUAGUCUUGUCAUUUCAGUGUUUCAACUGUUAUUUGCAACUGUUGAUGAAACGUUCAAGUAUUGUUUGUGCCUAAUUUGUUUUGUGGAUUCUUUUAUUUUUUUUAUCAUUUUUUAAUUACUAAUUUUGUAUUCGGAACAAUGUCUGCUGGAUUCGGAGGUGAUGCUAACCGGCCAUCAGGUGGUGGACCUGCCACAUCUAAACGGCUUCAACAGACCCAGGCUCAGGUGGAGGAAGUUGUCGGAAUCAUGAAGACUAAUGUUGAAAAAGUCUUAGAAAGAGAUCAGAAGUUAAGUGAAUUGGAUAACCGAGCUGAUGCCUUACAACAAGGUGCCUCACAAUUCGAGCAACAAGCUGGUAAAUUAAAGCGGAAACAAUGGUGGAGAAACAUGAAAAUGAUGGCAAUUUUAGCUGGAAUAUUUAUUAUCUUUCUUAUUAUUCUGAUUGUCGCUCUACAAUAACUAAAUAUUCUGUGAAUCUCUCUUCUCUUCUUUUUCCUUUUUCCAACCUUAAUAGAAGAAAGAGAAAAUGUGAUAGUAUUAAUUUACGUGAAAAAUUAUGAAAAUUUCAUAUUUUUUCAGGAAUAAUCACAAUCAACUAACCUUCCAUUUUAUUCAACAAAUCUUUUCCCAGUUUGACUUUUAAUGGAAUAGGCUCAUGCUUUUCCAAUUCUGUUUCGUGCAUCUUUUCAAUAGCUUGGGUCCAACUUAAGCCAAUCCAUUCAGCCUCUUCCAACUGUAAAAACAAAUUAAAGCAAAACAUUAUUUAUUAA